AUGACCCAUCGGGCCUCCGUCACGACCGCCGUGUCGGCGCCUGGCAAGGUGCUCCUGACUGGAGGUUACCUGGUGCUGGACCGCGACUACACCGGCACCGUCUUUGCCCUCGACGCCCGAAUCCAUGUCAUUGUCCAGCAGUUGAACCGUCAACUUUCCACUUCUUCCCUCGACGCGACCAAGGAAGCCGCCGGUGGUGAGGAACAGCAGACCAGGACAGACCAUUCUGCUGAGGACCAUCCGGAGGAGAGCAUCGUCGUCCGCUCACCUCAGUUUGUCAAUGCUGUCUGGGAGUACGGGGUGCGAAGGUGCGACGACGGCGGAGGGGUCAAGGUUACACAACGGGGCGAUGGACCGCGAAACCCGUUUGUCGAGACAUCCCUGAACUACGCCCUGACGUAUAUCGGCUACGUGGCAGGCUCCAAGGACUUCGGAUCUCUGUCGAUCACCAUCCUUGCAGAUAAUGACUAUUACUCGGAUACCGGUGUAUCAAAUGGCCCUGGCGCCCAGAUACGGGGGAGAUUCCGCAACUUUGGAGUGCCCUUGCAAGAGGCGCACAAGACGGGGCUGGGUUCGUCCGCGGCGUUGGUAACGGCGUUGGUCUCUGCCCUGGUGGUCCAUCGAACUAUGCACCCCGAUGAUUUGGUGGUCACCAGAGACAAGCUACACAACCUGGCCCAGGCCGCGCACUGUGCCGCACAGGGCAAGGUCGGAUCCGGUUUCGAUGUGGGAGCGGCCAUCUACGGAUCGUGCCUCUACCGACGUUUCUCGCCUUCCAUCCUGGAGAAGGUGGGUGAUGUAGGAACUCCCGGGUUUGAAGAACGGUUAUUCUCAACCGUGGAGGACCUGGACCAGACGCACCCCUGGGACACGGAAUGCGUGGAUUUCGGUAUGAGACUGCCACCGGGGAUGCAGAUGGUUCUGUGUGAUGUCGACUGCGGCUCGCAGACGCCGUCGAUGGUCAAGAAGGUGCUGGCGUGGCGCGAUCAGAACCGAGAGGAGGCGGAUGCGCUCUGGGCCUCCUUGCAGGAGAACAAUGAGAAGCUUCGCCUCGAGUUACGGAGACUGAGCCACGGUCGCGAUUCGCCGGAGAACGAGGCUGAGACGGCAGAGGAAGCUUUUAAAAAUGUGCGGACCCUGAUCCAGCGCACCCGCGAAUACCUUCGCACCAUGACGCAGAAGACGGGGGUCCCUAUUGAACCACGGGUGCAGACGGAGCUUCUCGACACCGUCUCGGAAGUGAAAGGGGUCAUUGGCGGAGUGGUGCCGGGUGCGGGAGGUUAUGAUGCGAUUGCCUUGUUAAUCGAGGAUGAUAUCGAGGUGGUGAACCGGUUGAACCGGCUGUUCGAGACGUAUAAAAGCAAGGUGGAGGACGAUUUUGGCGGCAAGAUUGAACGGGUCCGGAUGCUGGGGGUUCGACAUGGGUCGGAAGGUAAGAAGCUCUGCCUCGAGAGUAGAUAG